UUCAGGGCUCAGCAUAUAAGAGGGGCCCCAAACCCCGGCUGGCCCCCACAGCAAGCCUAGCAUAGAAGUCCACUCAUCUGCUGGACAAGGCAAGUGCUGCGCUCACCAUCGUCUGGCUGUCCUUCACCCAAACAGCCGAUUUCAUCACGACGACUACACUUCACAGAGGUGUCUGUAAAGCCAAUCGCCAGCACACAAAUACUAUAACCAUUCAGCAUGAAUCUUGAGCCACCCAAACCUGAGAUUAAAUCGGCCACCCGAGUCACCGGAGGCCCUGCCACCCCACGCAAGGGACCGCCUAAGUUCAAGCAGAGGCAGACCCGUCAGUUCAAGAGCAAGCCUCCAAAGAAGGGAAUCCAGGGCUUUGGUGAUGAUAUCCCUGGAAUGGAGGGCUUGGGCACAGACAUUACCGUCAUUUGCCCAUGGGAGGCCUUCAAUCAUCUGGAGCUGCAUGAGCUGGCCCAGUACGGUAUCAUCUGAGCCUUCCUGUGAUCCACCAAGGACUACAGGCUGUCCAAGCACUUCAAACCAUCUGCCUCAGGCUCCGUCUCUUAGCUUUAAAUGGAACUACUCCAAAAGAACUUACUGUAACAAACACAAAAAAUGGAAAAACAGAAAAAACCUCUCCAAAAAAAGUCCUCUUUCACUGGAUUCUUCUGAUUCUGCAGCUCAGUCACCUCUUGUGCUCAUUUUUAGGACCUUCUGUUUUCAUUCUCAUUUCUUCAUUAGCUCUGCACUGUCACUCUAAAAACUUUUGUAUCCUCUUUUCUACUUUCUCUUUCCCUCAGAGUGCUUCUUCUUCUUCUGUCCUUCUUCUGUCCUUCUUCUCACGGAAAAAACAUGAAACUUACGCAAGCAAGGCAGCCUCAAAUUGAGUUUAAGUGACAAACCCGUGGAGUGGGUGGGUUCCCACUUCAUGUGCUUCAGCGCCUCUUUCUCACCUCAGAGGCUUGUCCAUCAAUGCUGAAACUAUCAAAAUAAAACAACCUCAAUUCUGUAGAGAGACUGGACACCAGCUUGCCAUUGCUGAGCGUAAACUUUCAGUGGGAUAAAUGAUCACAUAUCCCUCUUUUCCCUCUGUUUUAACUGCUCCCAUCUUCACCAGGACAUGCAAAUUUCUGAAACCAAAUCAUGUAUUUUGCAUUCAAAACAAAAAACUUGUAAAUGUCUGUACGUAGGGAAGUAUUCUCAAGGAAAGAGGCAGUUUCCAUAAAAUGUAACCUUAUUUUUAUGACAAAAUGAUCUCAUCACUGUUACAAUACUUGCAACAUACCAGUGUGUGAUUUGGCACAUCGUUAGUAUGUGUUAUUUUGUAUUUUAUAAUUUACUUCAUGAGAAUUUCCCACACUGACAUUUUAGCUGGGGAGAUACUAUUGUGUUUGCUUAUCUUAACAUUAGAAUGAAUUCUCUGAUAUUUGUGUAUCUCCCUUGUAUAAUAUGAAUGUAUAUCGGAUCAAUGAUUCUUUGUUUGCAUGUUUAUUUCUCAUAUUUUCACAGGACACUGUUGUGCCCCAUAUGUUCAACUUUAUAUUUGUGUUUUUGAGCUCAAUUUGUUAGUGUUGUUGUCUUUUAAAGUAGUUACACAUUUUCCUCAUUGUCCAUCAUCUUUCAUCAAUUAUUCAGUGUUUCAUUCGUGUAAACACUUAACCCUACAUAGAAAUGUUAAAAACAUUUUUAAAAAAUCUGUCGAACACAUUUGAAGAGACCAACAUCUAAGUCUGAUUUGAUCUCUUCACAUUUGUUUUUCUUAGCAAUGUAAGUUCACAACACUGAUCCAAGGAUAAGAUGUAAAAAAGAGCAUUUGAAUAUUUGUUUUUGGAUUAAUCUUUACAUGAUGUUUCCAGCGAAUGCACCUCUUCAGUGAAGGAAGGCAGAGGGGUGAGUGGGAUGAAUGCAAAGAUGUGUAAUGGAGCUUUGUCCUCUCUACAGGACGAGGAAAAAAAAAUAAAGUUAAAAAAACAGGAAAAUAAA